UACUAUGCGGGACGGCCAGUCAUAGAGAAAAUUGAGCGCGUUAGCCGCCCUGGCCUCAGGGUGUACAAGGGUGCAGACAAUUUACCAAAAGUGAUGAAUGGUUUGGGUGUGGCUAUCGUUACAACUCCUCAAGGAGUGAUGACCGAUAGGAAGGCGCGCGCUACAGGUGUUGGCGGCGAAAUGUCACGCAUAGCAAAAUCCCCUGUCGCUAUUCCGGCUGGAGUGCAGGUGGAAAUUAAAGAACAGCUGCUUACCGUUAAAGGCAAAGAUGCUACUCUAACGCUUCAAGUACACCCUAGUGUAGGGGUAAAACAAGAUGCAGGUGAAAUUAGCUUCCAAUCGGUAGUACCAGACAGCCGCGAGGCACUUGCCUUGACUGGCACCAUGCGCCAAUUGGUCAAUAAUAUGGUGCAAGGAGUUAGCAAGGGUUUUGAGAAGAAGCUCACACUUAUAGGUGUAGGCUAUAAAGCGCAGGCUCAAGGCAGUAAGUUGAAUCUGACCGUUGGGUACUCGCAUCCUGUGAAUAUUGAUAUGCCCCAAGGCGUAAAAGUAGAGACGCCAACCCCUACUGAAAUAGUGGUUAAAGGCGCUGAUAGACAA